CUUUGCUGUGUCUGCGCCUCUUGCAGUCUAAAAGUGACGUAGUCAUUUUGGCUUUUAAAGUCCGUUAUUCAAUGGAGGGGGUGUUAAAAUUUUACUUUUUAGAACCCUUCAAAGGAGGCAGCCUUACAAUUCUUUAAAUUUAACCCCACUCUUUACCAUCAAUGACUGCAUCUAAAGAUUGUCUCUUAGACUCAGGAAAGACAGCUGGUAUUUCCGCUGGUCUCGGUCUCCUUGUCUCUGCCAUGCAAAAUACUGUCGAGAAACAUCAUUCAGGCGCCAAAGGUGUCUUUACCAGAACUGGUGGAACAAUUGCAAUUUUCGCCGCUAUGGGUGGUAUUUUCACUCUUGGUGAAUGUGUAGCUAAAGAUAUUCGCAAAGAGGAUGAUGCUUUAAAUGCAGCAAUUGGUGGAUGUGCAGCUGGUUUCUUGGCUGGUGUUAGAACUCAUUCAUUUGGUAAAAUGGCUCUUGGAUGUCUCGCCAUCGGUGGUUCCAUGUAUGCUUUUGAAAGCACAGGAGGAUUGAAGGGACAAUUUGCUGAUAAGAAUAGACAAGAAAAGAAGGAAUACGAAAAGGCCUUUUUCAAGGAAACAUAAAAAGUGUGUUGUACGUCGCGAAUGUAGUUUAUUAAUAAAUAAAGUGUUUUGCUCUUCUUUUUUUUUUUCUUUUUUUUUU